AUGGACAGAAACAACGACAACGACCUGACGCAAGCGGCGCGAAAGUUGGAGGUUUUCAGUAUUCAAGAAUCUUUAGCUUUUUGUGACCCCGCUUUGUCACCAUCAUCAUCAGCAUCACCAUCACCAUCACCAUCAGCCUCGGCAUCACCAUCUCCAGCUCCAGCUCAACAACCACGACCAACAGCCGCAUCAGACUCAGACUCAUCAGCCAUCGACGAGCGGCAAUCCAUCUGCCCCACCUGCCUCAACCUCAACUACUCCCUCUUCCGCCCCUUCGAUUCCCACCCCCCCAUCCUCAACUCCUACUCCCUUUCCGCAUCCCUGUCUCAUAACCAUUUCCCAUCCAGUGUCUCUACCGCCCUCCCGCCUCGCUACCUCUUAAUCGAAUACCAAGACCUUCUCCAGACUUCUACUUCUACUUCCACCCCCAAUUCCAAUUCCAAUUCCAAUUCCGAAAGCAACGACAACGGCAACACCCCAGCAUGCCCUUACUGCCCCCUCCUCCACAAAGCCAUCACUUUAUUUUGGGACGACGACCCAAGCUCUUAUUACAGAUAUAAAGCGCCGGUGGCUGACGCACGCUCUUUCCGGCGGAUAUUAUGUCUUACGCAGCAGCCUGCUGUUACUUCUCGUCAUGGUUUUGGUGAUGGUGAUGAGGGGACAGGAGCAGGAGGAGGGGGAACAGGAGGGGGAGGAGGGACGCUCAGACUCUUCAAAGCGCUGUUGUACCAUGAUUACCCCGAUGCGACGUUCCCUCAUGCUUUGACGGUGCGGGAUUCGACAAGUAGGAUCGAGUUUUAUCAUCAUCCUUGGGAUUUGGUUGAUUUGAAGAAAGCGGAAGAGGAGGGGAAAGAGGGAAAAGAGGGGAAUGGGGUGAGGGAGGAAGAUAAAGAGCCAGAUCCGGAAAAGGAGAGAGGUGAAGGGAUCUCUAUGGAUGAGGUAGGAAAUGGCAGGGCGACUAAAGAGUUGAACAAAUCGAGAAAAUCAGAAGAAUUGGGGCGGGAAAACGGGAAAAACGAAGGGCAAGGGGAACGAGGGGGAAGGAAAGACAAUGAAAAGGGGCAUAAGGAGGGAAUCAAAGAAGGGAACCAACGCUGGACCUCCUUCCCCCAUCCAGCCAUCGGCUUCGCCAACCACGUCCCCUACGCCAUAACCCUCAACCGCGUCGUCCGCCUCGCCACCCGCUGGCUUUCCGCCUGCGACUCCUCACACCCCAAAUGUGCUCCCGAGCCACACCAACUACCCAAACGCCUCCUCGACCUCCGCGGCGGCGUAAAGCUCAUCGACACCACCACCACUUCCCCCUCCUUCACCUCAUUUGCAUCCACCAACCCCUCCUCCUCAUCUCCCAAACCGCCCACAUACAUGACCCUUUCCCACUGCUGGGGCCUCACCCACCCUCUCCUGACAACCACCACCACGACCCUCGACUCCCACCUCUCGCAAAUUCCGUGGUCUUCUCUCCCCAUCCUAUUUCGCGACGCCAUCCUUUUAGUCAGGGAACUAGGCUGCCGAUACCUCUGGAUCGACAGUCUCUGCAUCUUGCAGGACUCUGAGACAGACUGGCUUACUGAAAGCGCAAACAUGUCCUCCAUCUAUGCUCACGCCACACUCAACAUAGCUGCCACUGCGCAACGGGAUGCGUCUGUGGAGUACUUUCGGACGCUAAAGGAGCCGAUACUUGGCAGGGCAUGGGUUUUUCAGGAGCGGUUGCUGAGUAGACGGACGUUGCAUUUUGGGAGUAGCGAGGUGUUGUGGGAGUGUAGGAGCGGGUGCUUUUGUGAGUGUGGGGGGAUUGAGAGGGGACAUGUGUUGAGUGUGCGGAAUUUGAACAACAAUGCUGCUGCUAGUUGGCGGGCGCCGGGAGCGGGGACGGGGAGUGGCAACAACGACAGAGGUGGAAGGGAUAAUAUGGAGUCUUCGGGACUGUUGAGUCCGCCGUUGCCGUUGUCGAGGUCGUCGACUUUUGAGACGACGGGAUCAUCGCUGAGUCAUGGGACGAUACCGAGGAAGGUGUUGUUUGCUAACCUUACUUCUGGUUCAUCACGGCCGGGACAGAUGAAGGAUAGUAGUAGCCGGCUUUUGCACGACUUUUUCUUGCGUUGUGUGGAAGAGUACUCUUUCCUCUGCCUGACCAAAGAACACGACCGCUCUUUUGCGCUGGCUGGCAUCGCGAAACGGAUCCGGUCCCUUCUCUCACCUGACGAUCGAUACCUCGCUGGUCUCUGGCUGCACGAUUUGCCAAGGGCGCUGCUGUGGCAACCCUACCGCCAUAAGAAAGUGUGUCGAGCGGGUAGUAACAUCCCUACUUGGUCAUGGAUGUCACGGUCCUGCUACCCGGUGGAAAAUCUACAAGCAGAACCCGGAAAGAGAAAAGGGAACCCAUCGGCGAGCAAGUGUUCAGUACGGUAUAAGCACAUUACACGCUCGGGGUACGAAUUCGAGCUCGAUGACCGACUAGAGGUGGAUACCGAUCCGGCGAAAACAUGGUGUGAGUUUGAAGGAGACAACGAAUUUGGAAAGUUGAAGGGAGGGCAAGUUAUGUUGACGGCAGCGUGUAGAUGGGGAGUAGUAUGGACGACGGGGACCAAACGAAGCAGCAACGAGUGGACAGGGAGGAAUACUUUGGUGGUUGCUAUUCAGGGCAACGAAGAGGGUAAUGGUGACGGCGAAGAAGGGGUACUAUUGAUACCCAUGGCACCGGACUGUCCGAGACAAGAAGAUCCGAAGAGUGUGGCACUUUUGGAAAAGGUGUUGGUGGUGUUGUUUGGGGGAAGGAAGCUAGACAUGAAGGAAACGGGAGGGGAUGUGGAUGGGCCGCAGUUCUUUUUGGCGUUGAAGGAAGUGGAAGGAAGGGAAGGUGUCUUUCAGCGAGUUGGGUUCUUGGAGUCGGAGUCGAGGAUUGACCUGUUUGAGAAUGCCGAGAUGUCCCACAACAACACCACCAAGAAGCAAGCUCCGGCCAACUCGCUAGUCUGGCUCGUCACCGGCUGCUCCUCCGGCUUUGGCCUCGAGUUCUAUCUCAACAUCAAAGCUCGUGGCGACUACAUCAUCGCUACCGCCCGCGACCUCUCCAAUCCCAACAUGAGACAUUAUAUCCAAAUUUCCCAAACCCAGGAUAAUGUAUCUGUCUGCCAGCUCGACGUCACGGCAUCCCAGGAGUCCCUGAACGAGACCAUUGCAGAGGCCAUCAAGAUUUACGGGAGGAUCGACGUGCUGGUGAACAAUGCCGGCUACGUAGCGCUGGGCGGUUGGGAAGACCUGGGCUACGACGGCUUCGUCAAGCAAUUCGAAACCAACGUGUUUGGCCUGCUCAAGGUCACCAACGCGGUCCUUCCGCACAUGCGAGAGCGCCGGAGCGGGACGCUGGUGUUUAUGGGUUCGCUUUCGGGAUGGAAGGGAAAUGAGUUCUGUGGAGCGUAUGCGGGGUCCAAGUUUGCUGUUGAGGGAAUGGUGGAAGCACUCCAAAAAGAGGUGGAACAAUUCGGCAUUCGCACCCUUCUCUUCGAGCCAGGACAGUUCCGAACCAACUUGCUGUCACCUUCUCACGUGCUCGCCAACGUGUCCAAGAUUGACGAUUACAAGGAAGCGUCGGAAAUGGCCCUGCGCUCCUAUGCCGAUGUGGACUCUAAGCAGAGAGGUGACCCGGCAAAGGCUGUCGAGAUCAUCAUGGACGUCGUCCGUAAUGAGACCUUCUAUCGAUAUAUUGAGGAGGGGGAUGUAACGUAUGCGUUCAGAAACGCGAAGUAUGGGCCUAUGAAGUUCAGAUUGCCGUUGGGACAGGAUGCGUUUGAUGCGAUCAAAACAAAGUGCGACCUUACUUUGAAGGUUUUGGAUGCGUGGGAACGUCUCAUCACGAGUACCGAUCAUAAUGAUGUUAGGCAUAGUGAUGUUGGGGAGACAAGCGAGGAAGUUUCUACCUAG